AUGAGGAGGGGCAACCUGACCUGGGGGAGUGAGUUUGUCCUUCUGGGGCUCUCCAGUGAUGGGCAGACCCAGGCUGGACUCUUUAUUCUGUUUGGGGCUACCUACCUGCUGACCCUGUUGGGCAACGGGCUCAUCCUCCUCCUGAUUGGGCUGGACGCUCAACUGCACCUGCCCAUGUACUUCUUCCUCUGCAACCUCUCAGUGGUAGACAUCUUCUCCGUCUCAAGCGGAGUCCCCCAGAUGCUGGUGCACUUCUUCCUGGAGAAGAAGACCAUCUCUUUCACCCGAUGUGGGGCCCAGCUCUUCUUCUCACUGGCCCUGGGAGGGACUGAGUUCCUGCUGCUGGCCGCCAUGGCCUAUGACUGCUAUGUGGCUGUCUGUUACCCCCUGAGCUACAUGGCCAUGAUGGGCCCAAGGCGCUGUGCAGGGCUGGCAGCUGUCUCUUGGCUUGUGGGUCUGGCUAAUUCUGCAGUGGAGACAGCAGUCACCAUGCACCUUCCCACCUGUGGGCACCACAUGCUGAACCAUGUGGCCUGUGAGACGCUGGCACUCAUUAGGUUGGCCUGUGUGGACAUAACCAUCAACCAGGUGGUCAUAGUGGCCUCUAGUGUGGUGGUGCUUCUGGUGCCCUGCUGUCUGGUCUCAAUGUCCUAUGCCCACAUUGUGGCUGCCAUCCUACGGGUCUGCUCUGUGGGGGGAUGCCACAAAGCCUUCAGGACCUGUGCCUCCCACCUCACUGUGGUCUCCAUGUCUUAUGCGAUGGCCCUGGUGACCUACAUGCAGCCUCACUCCACAGCUUCAGCAGAGCAGAGCAAGGUGGUGGUGGUCUUUUAUGCUGUUGUGACUCCCAUGCUGAAUCCAUUCAUCUACAGCCUGAGGAACAAAGAGAUAAAGGCUGCUGUGGGCCGAGUUCUGAUGAAAAGCUUUGAAUCAAAAUUUUAG